AUGGCAAAACUCACUGACGAUGCCGACUAUGAUGCCGGAGAAACGACUGGGAAUGUACCACGUCCACGGUCCGACUCUGGAAAUGAUGAUGCAUACAAUGGACUCCGGACUAGGUGCGUUCCUCUAAGUCUUCCUUCCAAUAUCCUUAAGUUGCGAAAACGAGGUCAAACAACUUUUAGACUAUUAUAG